GUGCCUGCCGCGGGGUCGAGGCGGCCAGGAGGAGGGGUGCCGGGGCGCUCACCGCGCUGCUUCCUUGCAGGAGCCGGCGCCCGCCAUGACCCUGGUGCUGCCCAUGCAGCGGCUGGGCCGCCCCAGCGCCGCCGAGGGAACCGCCGACCUCGCCGCCUACCGCGCCCUCUGGGAGCCGCCCGCCUGCGGCCGCCCCGGCCCCGCCGCCCCCGGCCCCGCUCCGGUCGCCGCCGGUCCCCCCGCCGCAGGAUCGCAUUACAGGGGAAUUUCAAAUCCUGCAGCGGCAUCCAAGAUCGCAUACUUUAAAAGGAAAUAUGUGGAAGAAGAGGAUUUUCACCCGCCGCUCAGCAGCUGCGCGCACAAAACAAUCUCGGUGUUUGAGGAACGAGCCCAUAUUCUUUACAUGUCUUUGGAAAAGCUGAAGUUCAUUGACGAUCCUGAAGUCUACCUGCGGAGAUCCGUCCUCAUCAACAAUUUAAUGAAGCGAAUCCAUGGAGAAAUCAUCAUGCAGAACAACUGGUGCUUCUCCGCAUGCUCCUUUGGGGCUGCCUCGCCACAGGAGUGGUUUGUGCCCCAGGACUGCCCCUACCGAAAGCGUCUUCGGAUGGCCAAGGAGGAGUAUGAGAAGCUCCACACAUGCUGCUUCUAUCAAGAAUGCGGCAGUCAGUACUUGAACCUUCCCUACUCGGUCAAUGCCAGCACAGAAAAUAAUUCUUCCUCCUCUCCCUCCUCCUCCUCGUCCCCCAUUUCAUUGCCGAGCUGUUCUCAGCAGGUGGAUUAUGACAUUGGCAGUGCCCCUUCUUACAGGAGUGACGAGCAGAUACCUGCAAGUGAAAUAUUUGUCACUAAUGCCAGGCCUCAUGCUAAUCAGGACAAGGCCAAAUUCACUGACGAGAAGGGCGGCGACGAACCUGAACGAGACAACGUGCCCCUAAACUGUGAACCUGUAAGAGGCACUCAUGCUUUUGAAUGUAAAGGCAAAUUUUAUGACUAUUUUGAGACUGGGUGUAAUGACAAGAGUGAUGUAAGCGAAUCUUGGAAAAAAUCCUUACGGAAAAAAGAAUCUUUACCAAGUAAUAAAAUGUGCUGCAGCAAAGGAAGUAAAAUAUGAGGCAUCUUUCUUGCUCUGUCGAAGCAUGUGCGCUUGUCUAUCAAAUUUUUAUUUUGAAUGGAUUUUUUAUAGUUUUCUACAAACGAUACAAUCACGCCACAAACAUUACGCGUAGUUUUAAAUGACUGGGGAGCAGAUUGCGUAGCACGGUGCUCUCAUCUGCAUCAGUGGGCUAUUUAUAAGUGUGGAGACUUCAUAAAGAACACAGUUGCGUUGCCACUUAGCGCUGUAGUCUGUGCAGCUAUGGUGUAGCUUUUGUUGCUGAAAAUACCAAUCAGCCAGAUGCGGAAAACGUAUUGUUGUAUACAUCGCCGCCCCCAAGAAGUCUGCCAUUAAUUAAGAAGAACCUCCAUUAUGUUUACGAAGGAAUUAGAAGUCUGGUAAACAAAUUGAUGCUACCAGCAAGGGCGAUGUGCUCCCUCCGACUCAGUGUUUGCUCUGACAAAGGACUGGCUACGGGGACUGGGUUAUAAACCGUCCUUACGCGUUGUACUGAUACUUCUGAACUCCUGGAUUCAGCAUCUUGUUCAACUGACAAAAUGGGACAUAGCAUAAGGAAAUAACCUGUUUGUGGGAUCUUAACCAGAAACACAACAUGCAACUCCAGCACUUGAGCGUUGUCACCUUGGCUGUAGUAACUAAUGGGGCUUGUUGUUCUCCAGGGCAGGUUUUUUUUUGGUGCCUUACUUUUUGUCUUAAUUUUUGCCAGCGUGAAAAUUAAGUAUAAAUCAGUGAUACAGCAGGGAUUUAACCUAAGCAGAAGAAAAAAAAGCACAGGGUGGAUCAGCAUUAUUAGAAACCUUUAACCUUUGAAGUACUGAGUUCAACUUCCUAUUCAAACAUCUCUGUUCUUCCUUUUUGAUGCUCAAUUGCUUUUUGAUUUGCCAUCCUUAGGAAGGGAUUUAAGAAACAAUAGAGAGAUGUCUCUUGUAAACAAGCAUUCGAUGCUUGAGUGUUUCUAUGGCAACUGUCUGUUGCUGGGGCUCUUUUUUUUCCCUCUUCGUAUAAUGAAGUUCAUGAACCAGUGGCAUGUUUUAUACUUUAUUCUGUUUCGCAUAAUUUCUCUCUUUUAGAUUGCAAAAGCAUGCGGGAGUUUUAUAUUACUUUUGCUGUUGAUUUGAAAAAAGUCAACAAAAGAAAACAGAAAGCACAAUGUUAAUUAGUCAGUAAUGUGGCGAUAAACAUGAUUUUAUCUGAAUGAAUGUAAGGCUUUUAAUUUUAAAAAAGAACAUUUUGGAGAAAUGAGCUGAGGUUUCUGUGGCUAAGGACAACAUUUAGUCAUCCCUAGGCAGACUGUUUGCAGAACUGUGCUGUUGAAAAUGCCCAGAAGACAUUACCAGGAUUGGAGUGAGCAUUGCGAGUCCUAGAUCUACCAAAUUAAUUAGUUCCCACAGUCCCCUUAACAACUGGCAGGAUGUGCUCAGCAAAAUAGCCACAUCCAAGACACGGCGGGCUCAUAAUAGCUGCCUGUUCCCACAGCAUCGUGCGUCCAAGUGGCGUCUUCCCUUCUUGGUUCAUGUCCAGAGGGCAAGAUCCACCACAGUGCAGAGACCUCUGGGCUGUGAUUUUUUAGGACAGCAUGCACACCUCACUGUCACAUUUACAGUCUGGGCAGCUUUCAUGAGUGAGUGCAGUGGUGACGGGGAAAAUGGUCCAUGCUUCUGUGUAAGGUGACCAUAGGGAAAUGUUGAAGACGUAGCUCAGUGCUAGCCUUUGUCUUAGCACUGUUACCACCUUUGUGUUGGCUGCGUGAGUGGAAACUGACAAGUUUGUAAGGGUCACUGUUGGGAAGAAUGAGAGUCUAAAUCUCACCUGAUUUCUCCAAGACAAAAGCUUUUUUAUUAAUAAUAAUAAUAUUAAAUAUAGAUCUCAUUCAUACAGUGUAUGAGUAGGAUCAUCAUUUAGACAUUUGUCCACAUGGACCAAUUUUUUUAAAAAAACUGAUUUUUCUUGUGUUAUACCCGGAUAGUCCAGUAACGUCUGCUCUUUUCCAAUAUUUGAUAAACACUUGAUGUUUUAAGCUUAAAUAUUAGAUGCUUGUAUACUAAUGUGUUGUUGUAGUAAAGUGAGAUUUCCUUGAUAUAUAUUUAUUAAAAUGACCAAAAUUCAUUUUAAUUUUACAUCUCCAAUGGCUACUGGAUCCUUUUCCUGUGCUCCCCUCCCUUGCCCAAGGAAAUCCCAUUAAUCCACUGCCCCAGUGCUGAAGAGGUUACGCUGUGGUUGACACCCAGUCCUGUAGUGGAGGCCAGGAUGGAGCUCAGCAUCACCAGGUCUCAGAGACCUUUAGGACAGGCUGAAGAUGCACCAGAAAGCAAUAGGCUGCUCUUUGUUCAGCCA